CUUACCCAAGUUUGCCCCAUCGCACUACUGCAGCGAAAACAGUUUUUACUGGUGCAGAAAUGGCAGAUGAAGUAGUUCUCAUUGGUGCCAAGAUAAUUUGUUUUGGAGAAAGGGUGAAAAUAGCCCUGGCAGAGAAAGGAGUGAAGUAUGUGUUGAAGGAAGAAGACUUGAAGAACAAGAGCCCUCUUCUUCUAGAAAUGAACCCAAUUCAUAGAACAAUUCCUGUGUUGAUUCAUAAUGGUAAACCCAUUUGUGAGUCGAUGACCAUUAUUCAGUAUAUUGAUGAGGUAUGGAAUGAUAGAGCUCCUUUGUUGCCUUCUGAUCCUUACCAAAGAGCUCAAGCAAGGUUUUGGGCUGACUAUAUUGACAAGAAGAUUUACUCGACUGCAAAGAUGCUAUGGUUAUCAGAAGGUAAAAUGAAAGAAACAGCAACUAAGAACCUGAUAGAGAUCUUUCAAACACUGGAAAGAGAGCUUGGAGACGGGCCAUUUUUUGCAGGGGAGAGUUUCGGUUAUGUAGAUGUGGCACUUAUUCCUUUCUAUAGCAUGUUUUACACAUUUGAGACCCUUGGAAAUUUUAGCAUGAUGGUGGAGUGCCCUAAGAUCAUGGAAUGGGCUACCAGAUGCUUGGAGAAGGAGACUGUAUCGAAGUCUAUAUCUGACCCUUACAAGGUUCAUGAUGCUAUUCUGGCCUCAAGGGAAUGUUAAACAAGUAUAUGAAUAUGGCUUCAUAUUUGCAACAAAAGCUUGAUUUAUUUUCUGA